AUGCGUCGGAACAUUGUGUUGGUCUUCGCUGUUACAUUCAUUCAGAUCGUCGGAGAGGGAUUGCUGCCUUUUAAAUGGAAAGGAAACGUAGUAAAAACAAUUUCACCGAAAGGUGGUGUUGAUAUUUUGGAGAACAGGAAUAAAGAUAAUGAGAAAUAUCAACUUUUUAACGAGCACGAAGUAUGGAACAGAAUUCCAGAAGCACCAAGGGAUAGACAAAAAAGAAAUACAAAGAGAGAUUAUAGUUCAAGUACAUGUACUCGUAAAAAGGCAGUUUUUAAGAACAAAUUCAGUUGUUACUAUGACAACGCUUGCUUUGAAACUUUUUAUGACUGCUGUACUGAUUACGAGAAGCGUUGUGGAAACCAAACAGUGCAACCUUCCAGCAUCAUUAACACAGAAGAGUCCACAUGGACAUGUGUUACAACUACGUAUGUUCAUGAACAUUCUAAACAUUGCGGAAUUCAAGGCGUUUGGAUGAUCCAGAAGUGUCCACUAAACUGGUCAUCUGAUAAAACGAAGUUCGACUGUGAAAAUCCUCCAAACAAAUUUUCCUUUCCUAUCACGAAGUAUCUUCCAGUAGUAGGCAAGAACACCAUUACUUAUCGUAACAAAUAUUGCGCCGUUUGCCACGGAAUAACAAGAUACAGUAGCUGGAAUAUUCGGAUUCUAACCUACAUAACACUUCCUGCUGAAUAUGACCUUGAAGCAGGACUAAAAUUAAUGAUAAAACAAGGGGGAAAGAUUCCAAAAACCGAACCAAGUAGCGACCAACCACGACGAUACUGCAUCAUUAAAAAUGAUACGGGAGGAUGUUCCAACUCCUCUCACCCAUCGCACUAUACUUGUGUGAAUGGACCUGUGGAAGUUGUUUCUGAUGGAAAACGUUACUUCAAGAACAAAGCAUGCGCGUUAUGUCGCGGAUUCACUGACAUAGGUCAAUGGAAGUUAAACAACAAGUGUCCUGAUGGUUCGGGAGGUCCUGGUGGUCCAGGAGGUCCAGGUGGUCCGGGUGGUCCGUCGUGGAAUGACGGCCGAUUUUCAACAGUAUUUCAUGUCGAAAAAACUGCUUCCAAAGCUACUUUGAACAUGAAACGAAAAUGUGGAUCUGACUUGGUAUUUGAUAAAAACUUAGGGUUUUGCCGUAUAAAAGGUAAGGUCAUUUCCGUUGACGAUGUUGUAUCAAAUCAGUAUUUUAUUGCUUUGUGGCUAGUCCAAAGCUGCCCAUGCUGGUUAUGCUCUUCAGGCUCUUCAGGCCCAGCAGGCCCAGCAGCGCCUGCAGGCCCUCCAGGCCUAGCUCCAGACCAACCUGCCAGUUAUCCAACACCACCGUCCAUGGAGAAAGUUUUGGAAAAAAAAUUGGAAACAGUUCUUAAGUUGAAAACUAAUCAAGUAUCCGCCACGAGUACUUACGAGCAAACUUGUGAUGAAAUGAAAAACAAAAGGUACAUGGUUGUUACGUUUCGAGUAACACUGACUCCAUUUCAAGUCCUGGCGCGGUUGAGCCAAAGCAAUGAUACAAUCGACAGCUUUUCACAGCUUCCAAACCAGAUGAAAGAUAUAUCAUAUCUUGGAUCAAAUUUGUUGGUAAUUAAUGCUCUUGUAAAACAACUUGCUUGUGUUGGACAAAAGACGUUCUCAAUCAACGAAUACAAAAUAGACGAAAAGAACGGCAAAGUAAUUGAAAACAAAACAGGAAAGACGUUCUUGUUGAAAGACGUAAUAGAGAAGACUGACGAGUAUAUAACACUUUGUCCUCAAACAAUUUUCUCUGAUUGUGAAGCAUGGCUUAACAUUUCCGAACAUGAAUACGUUAUUCUUACUAACUUAACUUUAUACCACAAUGUAACAAACCGGAUGUAUCCUUUCGGAAAGUAUUACGUAAAAAAAAAUGAUGACGCUGCUGGUGAUGUUGUUGACGACGCAAAUGUCAGUACAUUGAUUGACGACUUUUCAAAGUCAUCACUCAGAAAUUCAACAGUUUUUAUUUGUCUUCCAAAUAUACCUAUCAGUAUCAUCACUGGGUCCGCAAUUUACCAUGACAACCAUAAACAACCUUUGGAGAUUAUAACGAUGGCUGGGUUUAUUAUUUCCAUACUUUCAGUUCUCCUUGUUCUAAUAACUUACACAUUGUUCUCGGAACUGAGAACUCUUCCUGGAAAAAAUUUGAUGAAUUUGUGUCUGUCGUUGUUAAUAUAUCAAUCUGUUUGGUUGGUUCGUUCAUAUGUAAAAGAAAAUGCAACUGCUUGUACCAUCAUCGGCGUCAUGGAACAUUACUUCAUUCUUGUAUCGUUCGUCGCCAUGUCUGUUAUUUCUCAUCGCUCAUGCGUUGUUUUUUCGAAGAACUUAAUCUCAGCAAGAAGAAGCGAGGGGGAAAAUUACGUUACCUUUAUAAAGUAUACAGCUGUUGUUUGGACAUUACCAGCUGCAUUUGUUGCUGUUUGUAUUGCACUGGACAAGACAGAAGUAUUUCCUAUCAACUAUGGUACUAUUUGUUUCUUGGCGACAAAGAAUUCCAAGAUUUACUUGUUUAUAUUGCCAAUUGGCUUGUCGCUUCUUUUCAACCUCUCAAUAUUUAUUCGUACAGCAAUAUAUUUGCUAAAACAGCAGGAGUCCACGGGAGCGCUUCAUCAAAACAGAAAACAAAAUCUGAAAAUCUGCAUAAAAUUGUCUACUCUGACUGGUUUUCCUUGGAUUCUCGGUUUCUUACAUGCCGGUUCUGGAAAUAUCGUGACAUUUGAAUAUCUGUUCGUUAUUUUUGUCUGCUUACAAGGAUUAUACCUUGCAGUUGCUUUCUUAUGGAACGCUAGAGUUCAUAAACUGUAUAAAGAUCGUUUCAACAAUGGGGACCAAAACAAUAACAAUGUACCACCAGUGCAGGCUGAAGUUAACAGUGCCACAACAUCAUUUUAG